UUUUGAAAUGUUUGUUGCUUGAUAACGACAAAAAUCCUUUGGACAAGAUAAUUCUUGGUCCUAGAUUUUUGAGAGAGGAGGCAGACUGCAACUAAAUAGGCCUAUCUGUAAUCGCUGCUGCCUUCACGAUAUUACCCAACUUUAUAAUUUAUUCAGAUUUAUAACUGCAGGAAACACAUGGCAGUGUAACUUCCAGUUAUGUGCGCGGCGGCAGUCUUUUUCUGGAGCAGAACAGAACAGCUUCUUGGCAAACAAGUGGGAGUGGCUGGUUUAUAAUCAAUAUAAACAGAAGGAUAGGCCUACUGAAAAAAGUAUAGCGAUCGGUGGAGGUAGAAUGGCAACAGCCUAUCAACCUGAAGAGGAAAACUCUUGUGAGAAUGAGUCUGACACCAGUGAAGAGUUUGACAGUGAGGGACAAUCAGAUGACGAAGAAUCAGAAGAUGGACAAUCAGAUGACGAACAAGCUGAUGACGGACACUCAGGUGUAAAAGUUCCUCGUCAGGGGAAAGAGCCCUGCAAGUAUUACAACAGUGGUGGCUGUCGGGAUGGUGGUAGUUGCUCUUACCCUCACGUCUGCAAGUAUGCCGUGAAAGGAAACUGUCGCUACGGGUCCGGCUGUAAGCUGAACCACCCCAGAGGUGGAAGGGCGUCCUCUGGUUCAAGCAACAGGACUUCAGGACAUUCAACAUCAAGUGGCCCAAAGCUUACUGAUGGCCGGUGCUACCAGUGGCAGCUGAAAGGUGGAAAAGACUGGCUUGAUAUUGAUAAUGAUCACAUUAUCGAGGCCCAGUACUCGCUGCCCCACACCAAAGGCAUUAAAAUCUACAGCACACCUUAUGGGGCAAUAAGUAUAGAUUUAAACAGGAUGAGAGUGUAUGGAAAGAGUCUGAGUGUGAGACGCUUGGAUGAUGGAAAAUCUGUGUGGAUGUGGUACUGCAGCUUGCGUCGGAAGUGGAUCAAGUAUGGAGACAAGGAUUCGAAGGGAAAAGCCAGCCCUGUGAAGAGCUCUGAGAUAGAGGGAAAAUUCCAAAGUAACCCAACAGGCUCUUUUACUUUCAAUAUUGGCGCUGACACCUUUGAGAUCAGAUUCAAAGAUAUGCAACAAGUGAGUAAACAGAAAAAGAGGAAAGUUACUCGCCGACCAGUGUACCAACAAAAGCAAUCAGGAGGAGGGGCUUCUCAUGCAGUCCAAGCAUUGCACAGUCUUUCUCUGGGCACCACACCACAGUGGCAGUUUGAGGGAGACGGUGGAACAUGGCACGAGUUCAAACACAGGAUGGGCACUAAAACUGAAAGCUCGGUAACCAGUGAUGACAUUGAGAAGAAGUACCAGCAAAACCACCACGACAGUAUGAUCUUCAAAGUGAAUGGAAACUCAUACAAGCUGGACCUUGGAGCGAUGAUUCAGACCAACCUCAAAACCAACCAAACACGCAAAAUCAGACGUGUGCUGGUCUGCUCAACAUCCAUGCCCACCCCCUGCAGUGGCACUAUGGCCCGCACAGCAGUUUGAGAACCACUGGUGUAACAUAACAUGCUCUACUGUUCUCUUUUUGACUACAGUAGUCACAUCUUCCUGUAUUAUGUUUACCAAUUUUGAAUAAUGUGCUGCUGCAAUGUGUACAUGUGUGAGGAUGUGCACAUUUCAUUUCUCCCACUUUCCUUUGAAUUCUGUAAAACCAUAACACUUUCCUCUCUAUCCUCCCAUUGCCUUUGCCACCUGUCCUUCAUUCUCUGUUUAACAUGGAUUUCUGUCUCACUGAAGCUAACUGCCACAUCAAUGUAUUUAUUUUUGGGGGCCUCUUUUGGAACCUUACAUGCCAUUUCAAGGUGCAAGGUAGAUGUAUGUAUCAUUGUUCAACAUAGGGUUGUCUAACAAGACUUUCAUCUUCUUUGAUACUAAUAUAUGCAGGUACUCAUGAAAAUGUUACUGUAAGACCACCCAUCAUUUGAAUUCUGUAUAAUGUUUGUUGUACUCCGAUCAAAAUGUCUGCUGUCCGAAUGACUGUUCUGUAAACUGGUGGUUAUACUAGUGAACUAUCAAAUGAUUGCUCUCAGUGGUCUUGUAUCCCUUAUCCAUUGCACUGCAUGGCAUUUCUCCUGUGCAGACUGAUAAUUCAUUACUGAUCCUUUUCCCAUAUUCCAAGAUAUUAUGAUCAGCUGGCAGUAUAUUUUACAUAUGUUGUUCUUAUAAUUGAUUGUUUCGUUUUGUUUGUUUACCAAUUUUUUGUAUGCAUAUAAAGUAACUAAUUACAUUCCCUCUACAAUAGUCCUGCACAUUUUUGCACUUCCACUUUGCACAUUGAUACAUAUGUACAGUACAUAUAUCUAUAUAUCUCUAUAUAUAGAUAUAUUUUCUUAACCUAUACAUACCAAAAUAUUUAUGUUUAUUCAUCGCUUCUUAACUUUGUUU